AUGGAAGACGAACGGCCGCGCCUCAAAGCCAGUCAGCAGGUCAGCCUCACCGCUGGCUCCCGCUGGCCAGGCCUUCGGCGGGACGGCGCGGGCCCUGGCUUCACAGAGCUCCGGGUGACCGUGGCUGGCGUGGGUGCCGUCACCCAGGGCUGCGGGAGCCACACAGCCAAGGCCGGGAUGGGCAGAAAGAAGCCUGUCGGCUCUGUCAGCCCUGAUUUGCGGCCGGCCUUGCCGCAGCAUCUUUUGCCACCGUUCCAUGCUCCCUUACCGAUUGACAUGAGACACCAGGAGGGAAGGUACCAUUACGAGCCUCACUCUGCCCACGGCGUGCACGGGCCUCCUGCCCUGAGUGGCAGCCCUGUCAUCUCCGACAUCUCAUUGAUCCGGCUUUCCCCCCACCCCGCCGGCCCCGGGGAGUCCCCCUUCAACGCCCCCCACCCGUACGUGAGCCCUCACAUGGAGCAUUACCUCCGCGCCAUGCACAGCAGCCCCACGCUCCCCACGAUCUCUGCGGCCAGGGGCCUCAGCCCCGCUGACGUGGUCCAUGAGCACCUUAAGGAGAGGGGGCUGUUUGGCCUCCCCCCAGCAGGCACCAACCCCUCCGACUAUUACCACCAGGUGGCCCUCAUGGCGGGCCACCCCACAUCCUACGGGGACCUGCUCCUGCAGACGGGGGGCGCCACUGGCACCCCCCACCUCCACGACUACCUCAAUCCAGUGGACGUGUCGCGUUUCUCCAGCCCACGGGUGACGCCCCGCCUGAGCCGCAAGCGGGCGCUGUCCAUCUCCCCGCUGUCGGAUGCCAGCCUGGACCUGCAGCGGAUGAUCCGGACCUCCCCCAACUCGCUGGUGGCCUACAUCAACAACUCGCGCAGCAGCUCCGCCGCCAGCGGCUCCUACGGGCACCUGUCGGCGGGCACCCUCAGCCCAGCCUUCACCUUCCCCCAUCCCAUCAACCCCGUGGCCUACCAGCAGAUCCUGAGCCAGCAGAGGGGCCUGGGCUCGGCCUUCGGACACACACCGCCACUGAUCCAGCCCUCCCCCACCUUCCUGGCCCAGCAGCCCAUGGCCCUCACCUCCAUCAGCACCACGCCCACCCAGCUCAGCAGCAGCAGCAACUGUCUGAACGACGCCAGCCAGAGCAAGCAGAACAGCGAGUCGGCUGUGAGCAGCACCGUCAACCCCAUCGUCAUCCAUAAGCGCAGCAAGGUCAAGACGGAGGCCGAGGGCCUGCAGCCAGCCUCCCCGGUCACCCUGACGCAGGAGCAGCUGGCCGACCUCAAGGAAGACCUGGACAGGGACGACUGCAAGCAGGAGGCGGAGGUGGUCAUCUACGAGACCAACUGCCACUGGGAGGACUGCACCAAGGAGUAUGACACGCAGGAGCAGCUGGUGCAUCACAUCAACAACGAGCACAUCCACGGGGAGAAGAAGGAGUUCGUGUGCCGCUGGCAGGCCUGCACGCGGGAGCAGAAGCCCUUCAAGGCGCAGUACAUGCUGGUGGUGCACAUGCGCCGGCACACGGGCGAGAAGCCGCACAAGUGCACGUUCGAGGGCUGCUCCAAGGCCUACUCGCGCCUGGAGAACCUGAAGACGCACCUGCGGUCCCACACCGGGGAGAAGCCAUAUGUGUGCGAGCACGAGGGCUGCAACAAGGCCUUCUCCAACGCUUCGGACCGCGCCAAGCACCAGAACCGCACCCACUCCAACGAGAAACCCUACAUCUGCAAGAUCCCAGGCUGCACCAAGCGCUACACGGACCCCAGCUCUCUCCGGAAGCACGUGAAAACCGUGCACGGCCCAGACGCUCAUGUCACCAAGAAGCAGCGCAACGACGUGCACCUCCGCGCCCUGUUGCUCAAGGAGAACGGGGACCCUGAGGCCGGCACUGAGCCCGGCGGCCAGCGCUCCGAGGAGAGCGCCGAGGCCAGCAGCACCAGCCAGUCCGCUGAGGACUGCCUGCACGUCAAAGCCAUCAAGACCGAGAGCUCCGGGCUGUGCCAGGCCAGCCCUGGGGCCCAGUCAUCCUGCAGCAGCGAGCCCUCUCCCUUGGGCAGCGCCCCCAACAAUGACAGCGGGGUGGACAUGCCAGGGACGGGGCCUGGAAGCUUGGGAGACCUGACAGCGCUGGAUGACACGCCCCCGGGGGCCGACACCUCAGCCCUGGCCGCCCCUUCCGCCGGCGGCCUGCAGCUGCGCCAACACAUGACCGCCAUGCACCGGCUAGAGCAGCUCAAGAGGGAGAAGCUCAAGUCACUUAAAGAUUCCUGCUCGUGGGCCGGGCCGGCUCCACACCCCCGGAACCCCAAGCUGCCUCCCCUCCCGGGAAGUGGCUCCAUCCUGGAAAACUUCGGCUGCGGUGGGGGCGGCAGCCUAGCCCGCGGCACCUACUCCCCCCGGCCACCCAGCAUCAGCGAGAACAUGGUGAUGGAAGCCAUGGCGGUGGGGACAGAUGGGGCAGGGCCUGAGGGCCCCCUCCUGCUGCCCGAGGACGACCUGGUGCUGCCUGACGACGUGGUGCAGUACAUCAAGGCACAUGCGGGCACCCUGGGCGACAGCGCCCUGCAGGCAUAUCCCCCCGAGAGCUCCUGCUUCCCUGAACAGCCCAAACUGCCCAGCCCGGGGCUGCACGGCCAGCGCAGGAUGGUGGCUGCGGACUCCAACGUGGGCCCCUCCAACGUGGGCCCCUCCGCCCCUGGGCUGGGAGGCUGCCAGCUGGGCUACGGCGCCCCCUCUGGCCCGAGCAAAAGCAGCAUGCCUGUGCAGUGGAAUGAGGUGAGCUCUGGCACCAUGGACGCCCUGAGCAGCCAGGGGAAGCCUCCGCCUGUUCUGCAGGGCAACCUGGCUGUGGCGCAGCAGAAGCCGGCCUUCGGCCAGUACCCGGGCUACGGUGCACAGGGCGUGCCGCCGAGCCCUCGGGGUCUGGGCAGCACGCAGCCACACCUCCGGCCCUGCAGUGGAGCCCCCUCCGGGCCCAGUGGGAAGGCGGGGGGCCAGUGUCCCAGCAUGACCACCACAGCGAGCCCCCACGUCAGCUACGGCCAAGGCCACCCCCAGCUGAGCUCCAGCACCAUGGGCGGGGCCCUGAAUCCAUUCCCCGCAUCCUGCAGCAACCUGGCAGCCAAGCCCAGUCACCUGGGGCUCCCCCAGCAAAUGGAAGUUGUUCCCGACCCCUCCAUGAUGGGUAGUAGACGCAGGGAACUUGGGGCCCCCAAUGCCACCCUGGCCGGGAUGGCACCACUUCAUGCAGCUCAGAGCUACCCACAGCAGAGCCAUCACCUGGCAGCCCCCAUGAGCCAGGAGGGCUACCACCAGGGCCCUAGUCUUCUGCCUUCCCACCAGCCCGGCUUCCUGGAGCUGCAGCAGGCCUCAGGGGGGCUGGCUGGACCUGGCUUUGGCCUAGUGCAACCCCGGCCACCUCCUGAGCCCAGCCCUGCUGGCCGCCACCGUGGGGUACGUGCUGGGCAGCAGCUGGCCUAUGCCAGGGCUGCUGGCCAUGCCAUGGCUGCUGUAUCAGCCAACCAGGAGAUGGCAGAGUCAGUGCCCAAGGGAGCAAUGGGCACUAUGGCAUCCUUGCCGCCUCAGCUGCCCCCACAGGACACGGGUGGAGCCCAGGACCACAACAUGCUCUACUAUUAUGGCCAAAUCCACAUGUAUGAACAGAAUGGAGGCCUGGAGAACCACGUAGGCUGCCAGGUCAUGAGGCCCCAACCGCCGCAGCCACAGGCCUGCCCGGAGGGCCUCCAGCCCCAGCCCUUGUCCUCACCAGGCGUCAACCAGGUGUCCAGCACUGUGGACUCCCAGCUGCUGGAGGCCUCCCAGAUCGAUUUCGACGCCAUCAUGGAUGACGGUGAUCAUUCGAGCUUGCUCUCAGGCGCCCUGAGCCCCAGCCUCCUCCAUAGCCUCUCCCAGAGCUCCUCCCGCCUCACCACCCCCCGGAGCUCCCUGACUCUGCCCUCCGUCCCCACGGGCAUCAGCAACAUGGCCGUCGGGGACAUGAGCUCCAUGCUGACCAGCCUGGCCGAGGAAAGCAAGUUCCUCAACAUGAUGACCUAAAGCCCUGGCCCCUGGUGGAGGGGACCCUGAGGAACUGUUGUUUCCAGAGUGGGGUGUCAUCCAUUUUGUCUUUUUCCAAAAAAGUAUUACUAGGCCUGGGGGGAGGGGGGAAGGGUGCUGUGGUUCAGGCCACAAUGCUUUAAGGCAAGUUUACCUGCACCCUGUCUGGUCUUUGGGGUUACUUUUGGAACACUGACCAAACC